AAUUCUGCAAGUGGUUCUGAUUUACUAUCGCUGUUCUCUAGCUGGUCUAAAAACGCUUUUGACCUAAAGGGACACUUUUUGGACACCAUGGAUAUUUCUCAGUUUCCAGGCAGAAAGAACAGUAAAAAUGCAGGCAGGGCACAGGACAAAGCACUCGGGACAAAAUGUAUGUGAAAUGCUUUGAUACAUGAAUGUCAAUUUUUUUUACAUUUUUGAAACUCCCGCCAGUUCCGUUCCCCAUACGUCCCAUAUGUCCCGACGCUUGCAGAAGACGGAUGUCGGCAUCGGCCGGAGGACAUGGCCGGGGACGCUGCAGGGGGGACAU